GUGGUGGUGGUGGUGGUCGUCGUCGUCGACGCAGGGGGCGCGGGGGCGCGGACCUGGCGCAGGCGACGCACGAGCAACCCAUCGCAGCAGAGGACGAGGAGGACGAGGACGACGGGGCGAGGCGCAUAAAGAAGGCCCGCCUCCUCAGGGGCGAGAAAUUCUCUUCGCUUUCCCUCGAAAAGUUUAUGCCGAUCCGUAAGACAUGGCUGUCAUUGGCUUUGUCCAUCUUGCUUAAAGGCUGAGGAGAUCGAAGGAGAUUUGUGGUGUGGCUCCGAGCACGGCCUCUUUCGUCGCUCUGAAGUGUCUUUCCAGUGGCUUUGUCGUUCUGUCUGCGUGCUGCCGAGAAUCAGGACAAAACGUACGCUCAGCCAUUCAUUGAAGAGGUGCAUAGAGUUGAACCUGCAAUUCACGUGAACGGGUGUCAAUCUCUUCAAGAGCGUAAGCCGAGUAUCGUUAUUCACUGCUGUAACCUAGAGCUCGUGAUGACUCUAAGAUGAGCUCGUAAUGCCUGUCUUCCCUCACUCUAAAUUUGAACAACAUUCGAAGCCCAGCUUGAAGCCGCCUUAAUGGGAAGGGCCGUGGCCAACCGGAGCAUCAGUACAGCUUCCCUCCUCCGGAGGGGAUACGACCGAUGGAAGAUAGAAAUAGCGAGGUCAGCAGCUUGGUCGUCUGCGACAGAUUCUCUCUGCAGGCGGAAACCGCUGUUUGAUGUCAGAGGUGUUACCAAUUUCACGAACUCCUCGUCUCAGAAGUCCUGUAGGGGUGUAUUACAGCCCGAAUGCGAUUUACAAGCAGCAACGAGCGGGAGUAUAGGGUUUAGCCAUAUAAAAGUAACGCGAACUGCAGGCCUUAAAACUGAUGGAAGGCCUUCUUUCAACCCGAGUUGCGCUAUGAGAGAUGAUGGUUUUACAGGAAGGCAAACUGAACGACUGAGAAUAGGUGGAACGCCAACAACGCAGUUACGCAAACAUGGAGCUGCCUUAAGAACGGUCAGGAAUUUUGUUUCGUUAGAUUACGGCAUGAAUGUACUCAAAGACAGCGUAGACACGCAGAGUCAAAGUUUUAAGACAAAUUUGAAGGCGAUGGAGGAGCUGCUUGUGGAGCUACGACAGCACGUGGAGAAGGUUCGGCUCGGAGGAGGUACCAAAGCCGUUGAGAGACAUAAAUCAAGGAAUAAGUUUCUGCCGAGGGAGCGCAUUGACAACCUUCUUGAUCCUGGCGCUCCUUUUCUUGAACUUUCACAGCUUGCAGGACACGAAUUAUACGAUGAGCCCCUUCCCAGUGGAGGGAUCGUGACAGGGAUCGGCCCAAUUCAUGGACGUCUCUGUAUGCUCGUUGCCAAUGAUCCUACUGUGAAAGGUGGAACCUAUUAUCCUAUCACAGUGAAGAAACAUCUCCGAGCCCAAGAGAUUGCAGCUCAAAACCACCUUCCCUGUAUAUACCUUGUGGACAGUGGUGGAGCGAAUCUUCCUAGACAAGCUGAGGUCUUUCCAGAUAGGGAUCAUUUCGGCAGGAUAUUUUUUAACCAAGCUCAAAUGUCGGAGGCAGGAAUUCCCCAGAUUGCUUUGGUUCUUGGAUCUUGCACAGCAGGUGGAGCAUAUGUUCCAGCCAUGGCGGAUGAAAGUGUCAUUGUGAAAGGCAAUGGCACGAUAUUUCUUGCCGGUCCACCCCUGGUGAAGGCUGCCACUGGGGAAGUAGUCAGUGCAGAAGACUUGGGAGGUGCGACGCUGCAUUGUUCAGUCUCAGGAGUUUCUGACUACUUCGCAAACGAUGAAAUGCAUGCUCUAGCUACAGGGAGGAAGAUUGUGAGAAACUUGCAUCAUGCUGGCAUUACCAAGCAAGCUAUGGUUAAUUCAGCAGAAGCAACAGUUAGGGAACCUCUAUAUCCACCCGAGGGUUUGCGCGGCAUUAUUCCAGCAGACAGACGACAGAGCUAUGACAUCCGAUCAGUCAUCGCGCACCUCGUGGACGGAAGUGAAUUUGACGAAUUCAAAAAGCUCUAUGGACCGACCUUGGUGACAGGCUUUGCAAGAAUUAAUGGGCAACCUGUUGGUAUUGUCGGCAAUAAUGGUAUAUUAUUUACGGAAUCAGCUCUCAAAGGAGCUCAUUUCAUACAACUUUGCGCUCAACGACACAUUCCACUAAUCUUUCUUCAGAACAUUACGGGAUUUAUGGUUGGUUCUAGAGCAGAAGCCAGUGGUAUAGCUAAAGCAGGAGCCAAGAUGGUGAUGGCUGUUGCAUGUGCGAAGGUUCCGAAGAUAACCAUUGUCGUGGGAGGAAGUUAUGGAGCUGGAAAUUAUGGGAUGUGCGGUCGAGCGUACAGUCCAAACUUUCUUUUUCUCUGGCCCAACGCUCGUAUAUCUGUUAUGGGAGGGGCACAGGCUGCUGGUGUUUUGGCCCAGGUUGAGAGCGACAAGAGGAAACGGGAGGGCAAAGUUUGGAACAGUGACGAAGAGGAGGCUUUCAAGGAUAAAGUUGUAGCCGCAUAUGAGCGAGAGGGCAACCCUUAUUACGCAAGUGCGAGGCUUUGGGACGAUGGCAUUAUAGAUCCGGCGGAUACCCGUCAAGUCUUGUCCCUAUGUCUCUCUGCCUCAACUAAAACUGCUCCUCAAGUCUCCAGUUACGGAGUCUUCCGCAUGUAGAAAGGAAGUCAAAUUAAUUCCGAUGAGGCUAGUUUUCGGUUUUCAGGUUCUGAAGAUGAACUGGGUUUAGUACUAGAGAAAUUGUAUAUACCAGCGAUAUCUGAUUCAGCUAUUGAGUUUCAUCGGUAGCUCUAACUGGCCCUCGCGUAUCUAGUAAUGGACAGACCAGGCACAGACUGGGCGACUGUCUUUCUGGAACUGAAUUACGAAGCCUCAAAGAAGAUACGCAACAAUCCAUGACAGAAAUUGUACAUAGCAGCCGUGUCUGUCUGUGUACUGUAAAGGUAGGAUCCUCUAUGUAGAAGACGAUUGUAGGGAGUUUGUGCAGUACUUCGAGCAUUCACCUAUCUUCACACGCUGAUGACGGUGAUAAAAUUUAGUAAAAGCAGGAAUGAUUUUAAACAUACAUGAUAUUGAACAUCUCAUUUUGUUUUAAUUUGUUUGGGAAAGGUUGAUAUUUCCCGAACUGCAUU